UUGCCAAGUGCAUCAAUAAUAAAAACAAUCUCAAAUGUUUGUCAAUCUUAAUGACAUUAAAACAAAUACAAGUAGGAAAAACGUGUUUGUUGUCAUUUAUUGUCACUAAACUUCUAGUAUUAGGUAAAUUUAACACUAUGUUGCAAAUAGGUUCUGUUGUUGUUGCUCCCCUUUGACGGAGUCAGUUCGAGUUGCUCCCCUUUGACUAUAGAACACAAUCGUCUGCGAAAUCGUAAACCCCUCAAAAUGUCUGACGAAUUUGACAAAGUCAAUUUCUCAUUAACUUGGGAUGAAUUAAAUAAUGAACAUGAGCAACAAGCAACUGAAGUGGAAUUAACACUAAGCCAGUUCCAGGAACAAUAUGGGUUUGAUCCAUCUAUUUUGUUCACAAAUGAAAUUGAAUUGACCAUUGAGAAUGAAACCAGCCCCAGUAGUAACGCACCAUCCAGUAGCAAUGUCUUCCCCCCAACUUUAGAUCUGCAUGAGAAUAAAGAGUUCUUAGAUGUUAACCUCACUGAUGUUGGUGAUUUCAUUGUCCAAAAUGAAAAUAAAAAGACUUUAGCGAAGACCUUGUCUGACAUAAACAAAUUUAAAAGGUUUCUUAUGUCAAAAGCUGAAUCAAAAGAAAUCCACCACAUAGAACCAACUCUUCUUGAUGAGUAUUUGGCCACUUUCCUGUUGUCCCUUAAAAAGUCAAAUGGCACAGAUUUUGAACCAAGCUCCCUCCGUGGCAUCAUUGCUAGUGUUGACAGGUACCUGAAACGACAUCGCUAUGGAUGUUCAGUCAUGACAGGGACUGGAGCCCAAUUUGCACUCACAAGGGACACCUACAAUGCAAAGAAAAAAAGUCUUAAGAAACAGGGUAUGGGAAACCGUCCUAGGGAGGCCCAUCCGCUGAGUGAUACCGACAUCGAUCUGCUCUGGGAGAAGGGGAUCAUUUGCACCGAGUCUCCGAAAGCCUUGUUAAAUACAGUCUGGUUGAACAACUGCCUUCAUUUUGGCUUGCGAGGAACAACUGAGCAAUACAAUUUGCGGUGUACGCUCACAGAUCUCUAA